AUGUGCCGCCCACUGCUCCGUGUAACAGAUUCUCCUCUGCGCUAUGUGGACAUCGCCAUGCCAUGCAACAAGGGGGCUCACUCAGUGGGUCUGAUCAAUCCUGAAGAGACUGAAAAGGAAGAGCAGGCUGCUGCUGAAAAGGCUGUGACCGAGGAGGAAUUGCAGGGCGAAUGGACUGCACGGGCUCCAGAGUUCACUGCUGCUCAGCCUGAGGUUGCAGACUGGUCUGAGGGUGUGCAGGUGCCCUCUGUGCCCAUGCGGCAGUUCCCCUCGGAAGACGGGUCUGCAGCCCCACUGCUCAGACCACUGAGCGGAGCGCGGGACCAGCGGCCAAAGCCCCGGGCCGCCAGUCUGUUCGCCCCGCUGCAGGCCGGGGGAGGCGCUCAGCCAGCCGAAGCCGACUUCUGGGAGCCCGGGGGCGCUCGGUUUUCCGCAGCCUGCUCGCGGCCGGCGGGUCGCCCCCUGGAGGGGCGGGCAGGCAGCCGGCCUCCGCCUCUGCGCCUCUGGGCGCGGGAGAUCGGCUCCAUCCGCAGCCGGCGGCCGCCGCGGAGCAGGAGAAGCCUGGCCGCCCAGAGAAGGCCGCGUGCGGGCGGGCGGGGCCCCUGCAGCGUCGGGAGGGGGGCGUUACACCGCAGCCUAACCCUCCUCGUCUUCCCGCCUCGCCUCGCAAAGCGUGGUUUCCUGGCCCCGCCCGGCAAAGUGGGCCCUCACUUGUCUGUUGGCCAGGCCGUGCCGGCCAGUCCUUCUCAGCCCAGCGGCAGAGGGCUUGUCCCAUUGCCCCGGCCGGGUUGCUCCCCUGUGCGCGCCCCGUGGGUUCAGAGUGGGAGAGCGGGGCGGCCCGUCGCAUGUGAACGCCCUGGUCUGACCCAGAGCCAGAGCCAGAGCCAGAGCCAGAGCCAGAGCGAGGCCAGGAGCGGGGAGGGGCGUGCACCCCGGGAGGCCUUUGCGCCCCGCAGCGCUGGCAGCGCCCAGAAAGGCAGCUCUGGGGCCGCUGUGGAUCCCAAACGUGCCGCCUUUCUAAACUCCGGGCGUCCAGGUCCUGGCCCAGCGCCUCGCUGUGACCGUCCUGGAGACCCGUCUGCACAGAGGGCUCUCGGAGAGGGCCCAGGCCUCGCACUGCAGAGGGCCCGUGAGGACGCGCAGAGGAGGUGUCGCCUGCAGCCCGCGCGCGAGAGGCCUGGCCUCCUGCCCUGGCAGGGAACCAAGCGAGCCCCAAGCGGAUGCCGACGCGGGCCCAGGCCUGCGGAGCGUGCGUUGCUGUUCUGUGCGCCCCUGUGGCCACCCUCGCCGACCACGCACGCCCAAACCUUAGACGAGAAGCCAAGCCGCAGGCAGAGGAAGCCAAAGGCCACAGGAAUUUCACAGCCAGCACAUGGGUGGCAGCCGGUGCCGCACGACGGCAAGCAAAAGGAACACAGCAAGGAAUUGCGCCUCGUUUUCUGGAAUCCAGGCUGGACAGCAGCCAUCUCUCCCCUGAGUCCCCCUGAGGAGUCGUGGAGAGCAGCUCCAAGCAGGUUUCCGGUGGUGCGUCUCAAACCCAUGGACAGGAAGCUGAGGUCAUCAGUUGCUUUCUCAUUGCUGUCCGGGACGAUCCUCCCGAAACAGUGGUCAUCCUCACAUCCUGUGAGAUGGAAGCUGGGAAUCCACAGUGCUCCUCAGCACACCCUCAGCCUCCCACUCCCCUCAGGCCACCGCCACCAGCAGUGGCACACAGGGCACGACCCUUCCCUCCACGGGCCUGGAGCUCGUGUGUCUCUCUCCUCUGGCCCAUUCAAGGGGAGCCCCGAGCACGGAAUCUCUGUGCAGGACAGGCGGGGACCAGUGGUGGGCAGUGGGCUCUCUCCCCGGGCCGGGCCGGGCCAGGCCUCCUCCAGCAGGCCACAGCUCUGCCAGCUGAGUCUCCUCCCCGAACCCACUCCGAUCCCUGGGAGCUGUGCUCCCCACAGCUGCAUGGAAUCUGCCGGCGGGACAAGGAGGGCUCUGUCCCUGCAGAGCAGGAGCCGAAGUACUGAUGCGUGGACAAUGACACCGAGACCUGGGCUUGCCUUGGGCAGCCAGGGGUGGCUUUCUAGAUGAACCGUGUUUUCAGAGCUUACAUUGGCUUUCAGAUAACUAAAAGAUUAGCAAAUAUAUCCUUUCAUUACAGACACCUGACUUCUGUUUCCAUUCCAAUAGAGCACUGGUGUGUGGGUGUGUGUUCAUUUCCCAUUUCUGCAGCCAUGCCUGCAGUGCCAGAGCUAUGAAGGACAGCUGUCAAAAAUGUCCUGAUCUUUCCUGGAGGUGUGCAGAUGCAUCCACUCUGCUGAGAUGUUCUAGAUCAAUCCCCAGCGUGGUGCCCCGUGUGGAACACCUCCUGAACCAGUGAUUCUCAUCUGGCCUCUGGCCUCUGAGUUCUGCUCCUCCAUGCAGAUGCAGAUGCCUCCGCCAGCACCCCCACCCCCAGGGCAGCAGCCGGGCAAGGGUUUCCCUCGAUGGCAGAAGCCGCUCUGCAGGGCUGGCCGAGGGCCGGGUCUCUCGAUGUCACCACCUUCCACAUUCACAGCAGGCUGUUGCCAUCAAGCAAGGAAGUGGAGGACACCAUGUGGCUGCAGGUCAGUAGUUCUGUUAGAAUCAGCUCCAUCUCCUGCAUCUUCAUGUGUCAAUCGAGUGGCUGCCAGUUUCCAGCUCAGUUACAUAGCUAUGGUGUCCGGCAAGGCUCAGAGACAGGGCAAGGCGGUGUCUCCACACUGUGCCUCCAUCGUUCAGACUCCCAGAGUAGGUUUGUCAGCCCUAGCAUUGCCUCCGACCUGGCGUCCACACUGUCACGCUGUGUUGUUCAGUCCACCUUUGUGGGGCUGACGGGUCCUGGGCUGCCUUCCUCCAUCUUCAUUUGACUGAACUAGACGGUGCGGGCGGUUUGAACCUAAGAAUGAUGCUUUUUUGGCUGACAAGGAUAGGAGAAGUGUUUGCUUUUGCUUUUGAGACGGAGUCUCCCUACUCAGGACCCUCCUGCCUCACCCUACAAGUGCUGGGGUUAUAGCCAUGCACCACCUCACCCAGCUCCAAAUAUUUUAUUUUAAAUCUUAUAUAUAUGUAGGAGAAAAGUUAAGAUGAGAAGGACUUUGCUGAGGGUGCCAGUUCCCAGCACCACUUGGAGAGAUGGGGCGGAAGAUGGCUUGCUGCCCUCAUAUGCAGUAGAGACAGCACCUGGCCUGUGAAGCCGGAUGCAUCUGCAGUCUGCCCCUUCUGAAGAAGAAGCCUGCGCCCCUGCAGUAGGCUCCGUCUGGGCUCUGUGAGGGAGGGGCCAGGUGCAGAAGGGAAGUCGAGGCACAGCCAGUGCUGGGUGGAGAGAACAGGCCUCAUGCUUCUGUGAGGACCACAGUGUCACCCUGGCACAGGGGAGAUUCUAGAAACUACGUGUAAUGGACUAGGGUGCACGGACCCCAUGCUGUCCUGGACACCGGUGGCAGUGGGGAGGCCGGGCUGCCUUCCUGGGCUUUCUGAGCCCAGCGAGGGUCUGAGUUCACCACAAAGGAAAGAGCAUCCGGGACGCUGAGAAGUCAUUUUGAAUCAGGAACCAGGUGGGAUUCUUUCCCAGAGAGGUAGGCUAGCAGCCAGUGAGCCCAGCUACGCCUGUGCGGCCCCCUGGCCCGUGCUCUUCUGCAGUGUCGCUGUCAGGGGAGCCAGUUUAGACUGCGGGGGUUCACCUGAGAUCCGGGCAGCCUGAGGAAGACCCAGAGCCGCGGAAAUGUCUGACCAGGCUUCAGUUUCAGCCACGGAGCUCAGCAGUGUGCACUUGCGGGUGUCCUCAGGCCCCGAGCGGGCCCAGCUCCUCGCAGUCCUCGGCUGCUCAGUCUCCCAGCAGCCCUCACAGGCUCUGCAUCUCCACCAAAAUAUGCAACGGUGGCCACAGGCCGGGACCAACCUUGGUUACACCUGUCACUCACAGAGACCACCGAGGUGCAGCUGUGCAGAAAUCCUGUGACUUGGACUUAACGUCCACCCCACACAGCUGAACCGUGGCACAGCCAUUGUGGGCCGCACUUUCCCUUGCACACAGACCAGCACCCAGAAGCAGCUUCGUUCUCAUCUUCAGUGUCUCUCAGGUGACAGUCAGAAGGGAAUGUGGUUUCUAAUCUGUUUCCAAUCCCUGCGUUCCCAGCCUCCACUUUCAGUUGCUUCCCUAGUGUCCUAGUUGCUUUUCUCAUUGCUGAGGCAAAAUACCUGACACCCACAGUUACGGAGGGAAAGGCUUAUUUGGCUCACAGCUUGUAGAGGUUUCAGCCCGUAGCCCACUGGCUCUAAGGCAGGGUGGUGUGGCGGAGGAGAAACAGUUCAUGGCAAGGCAGGCAGAAGGCAGCAGGCAGCAAGCCUGCAUCUCCCUUUAUUCCUUCCUGGUUACACCCAUUUUGGAUGAUACCCAAAAUAGGCCUUCCCAUUAUCCACACUCAGAACUAUGGUGAGCCAGGCAGUGGACUAAUGUAGCACCACACACCCGUGAUCCAGCUCCCUCAAGCCCCAUCUGAAUGUCGGAGGCUUUGGGAGGACAUCUAGAUGCCAGGCCUCACACCCAGCCUCUCUGCUUGCCUCCCUUCCUUGCUGGCUGGGACACAAACCUCCCUUUCAGUGGUCUCAUUAGCCAGACCUCCACUGUGGCUGUGAGCUGUGAUCAGGAAGAAGUGGCCCCAAAUGCUGUGGAAGAAACACCAGGGUUCUCUCCUGUGGGAGAUUUGGGAAAGCUUGGACCUGAAAUAGUCCUCUGCCUUGUGGAUGAGACCCUGGGUGUCCACCCAGGCUGGACAAGCCUAGAGACCAGUCAGUCACCUGCAGUCGUGAGGCUGAAGUUUGCAUUUAUUUUCCCGGUUUCCUUCCCCACCAUGCAGCAACUCCCAUGUUCUGAAGACACCAUGGAAGCCUCCUGCAGGCCAAUAGCCCAGAAAGAAAGAAAUGUUCUGCAGAGGCAGGCCUGGGAGUAAAAAACUACAUGGUUUCCCACACCAUCAAGCCAUAAGGCUGCAGUAUGAAAACAGUGAUCACAUGUACAUUUCUCCACUCCAAAAUUCAGUGGGUUGAACAAGAAAGAAGCUUGCUUCCAUCUUAUGGAAGAAUGCAGGUGUGGGCAGUCAGGAGGGUACUGUGGCUCUUUGGGACAGGCGAGUGUCAGUCACAUACCUCAGCCUCAUCUGCUGCGGGGAGCAGGGAAGGCUGUCUCCUUGCAGAGAUGACCUAGAGCUGUGAUUCUGCUCCUGGAAACUGCUCCUCUAAUCGCACCUAGCCGUGAGCACAGCUGGAAAACGUGGUCUUCAGCUGCACUGCCAUGUCCCAGGAAGGCUUGGGUUCUGUGUGAUUUACUAAAUGAAGAAGGGAGGUUGGGGAACAGUUCAUAGCCUUCCAGUCUUCACUACAGUUGAAAACUAAUUCAGCAUUUCCUGAGACCGUGUUGGCACGAACAAACAAGCACCCUGGCUUUAGCCCUCAGUAUACUUUCCCUGCCUCCCAGCAUAUGAACACGGAUGCAGCCCAGGCUCAGAGAGACGAGGAGACACGGCGGAUCCCAAGGCAGGUUCUUCUGGGGCAGGCUGCUAUGGGUUUGCCACACAGUUCAAGGCUAGAGCUAAGGAGACCGAGCAGAAGAUACCGCUGGGCAGCAAGCUUCUUCGAGGAAUUGUCCUGGGGUGGACACCUCUGUGAGGAGGGGAGGGAGCAGAGCUGGGUAGAGAUGGAAAUGAGGCCCAGAUGAAAUGCAAGGGACAGCUGCCGAGCAGGUCCUUCCUGGAGGGAGGUGAUCCCUUCGUUCUCUCUCUGAUUAUUUUUAAACAAGCAUGUGGUUAUGUUAUCUGUGCUUUUGAGACUUUUUUAACUUAGCAAUAUAGUGUAAACAUUUCCCCCGUGACCCAAGACAUAGAUCACAAUCAUUUUUAAUUAAUGCAGAUAUUCUGUUGAAUAGAUGUGCAACACUUGAAUCCCUGUUGAAAGGCAUUUGAGAGUCUUCCUACUUUUUUGCUCUGACAAAUAGCCUCGUGCAUGUAUCUUUCCACACUUGAUUAGUACCCUGAAAUCAUCCCCCAAAUGAACUUGCUGGGUUAAAAGAUGUGAAUAUUUGCAUUUUGAGGAAUAGGGCCAAAUUAUCUCCCAGGAGACAGUGCUCAUUUCCCUGAGUUCUGGGAAUAAACUAGGCUGUCUUUGUAAUCUGCCAAUCUCAGAGGAGAGAAAUACCUCAUUGUUUUCUUAACGUUUAUUAAUUAGUAACCAGGUUAAGUGCUAUUUCUGAUGUUAACAGGUUGCAUUUCCUUACUUUAUUUUUCCUUUUGUGAAUUAGCCAUCUGUUGCCCAUUUUCCUCUGUCUUAUAAGUGACUGUUAUAUUGAGGAUCAUAAAUGUCUGUCAUAUAUAAAAUACAGUAUUAUAGCCUAACAAGUCACUUGUGGUUUAAAUUUCUCCUACUCAUCUAUUAUCUCUGCGGUAGUUGCUGGUUAGGUAUUAUUCCUAACCAAUUUCUCUCUACCCUAACUACAUAGAGAUUUUCACUUGAGUUUUCUUUGGGUACUUUUACAAAUCCUCAUUUUCAAGUUGACAUAACUUAGUAAGUUGUGUAAAAAAUAGACGUUCUCUUCUGCCCUCCCUUGAGUUUCCUCCAAGUCCCAAGCUGUGCUGAAUUACUUGUUACUGAGAGAGGUAUUGAGGGACACACAGUUUGUGUAUUUCAAGAUGAUCAUUUUGGUGCAGCUACGCCAGGCUGGCUGCCUAGGCAGCCUUGGUCCAUCAGGACUGCACCUGAGAAGCCGGAGCCCCCCGGCAGGAAUGGAAGCCCGGGCUCCAUCCGGCGGGGAGGCUGCUCUGGUGGCCAAGCUCUGCCAGCCCCUGGCCCGCUGGCCUGGGACACACAUGGAGGACAGACUGCACCAUCCUGAAGCUCAGCACCUAUGCAGGGCCCUGGCUGCUCCCUCCCCCUCUCCUGUCCUCUCGGGACAUCUCUAGGGUUUUUUAAAGCAACUUUAUUGAGUUGUAAUUUACAUACCAUAAAGUUCACCCAUGUUACAACUGUCGAUGCAGUGACUUUAGAAAAUCACUGAGUUGUGCAACAGUCACUACAAUUCUGUUUUAGAGCAUUUUCAUUACCCUAAAUCCUGUGCAUUUUCCAUUCAUCCUCAUUGCAGGCCACCUACCGCCUCUGCCUCCCGACUGGAUGGAGUUGCCUUUCCUGUAGCCAUCGCCGGUAGACUCCAGAGCCCUGUGGUGUUGGCACUGCCUCCUAUCUAGGGAGCAUCCCAGACCCAGCCUGGGGCUCUGACUCAGCUCUGACUCAGGCCCAGGCCUCAUGACUCCAGACUCCUUCUGCUGCUUCCUGCAUGGCUGGUCUGGAUGCACGUUCAGUGUGUGUGGAAAAUGCGGUGAUGGCCACUUGAACACACAGAGGUCAGCAGCCUGCAGGGCCCCCUGGGGACCCUACAGUCCGGUACUGGGCUUUGGUCCUAACUCUCCUCAGCCACCGGAGGGCACCCCGAAGAUCCACUUAGGAAUCGGCUUUUGCCAUUCACCACUGAGCAUCUCAAGGAAGAGAAUUUGAGGGUCAGGUUCUUCAGUACUUCUCCUUUCUGGGCAGCUGCAGACAGCAAUGGAGAACAAAAGUAGAAUCCAGUCUUGGUGCGUAUAAAAGCUUCUUUUCAGGUGUCUCAGAGGAGCAUCUCCUUAGUAGGAGAGAGAACGCUGACCUAAGGAGCUGGCGUGGUGCUUUGGCUGCAACAGUGCACCGUGACUGAGGGAAGCCCAUCAAACCCUAAGGAGAUUUGGCUCACCUUUUGCAUUUCAACUGACCAAAUCAGUCCUUUGAGGGAGAGGGGAUGGAAACGGGUUUUUGAAUUACAUUAGCUACCUCUAGCAUUUGCUCCUCAGAAUUACCUGGUGACAGCGCAGUGCCACAGCGUGCAUCAGGAUGUCCAGAGAGGCCUGGCACCCAGCGUGCCACUGCUCAGGGUGGCAGAGCCUUUAGGAGUCACAGGGCAGGAGCCCUCAGAGGGCUGUGGGUCCGGUCCUCCCUCUCACUGGGCCUCCUGGCCCCAGCACCCUGACUGCUUGGCUGGGAGACACUGGUUUGUGCCCCUGUGAUGUGUACAUCACAUGACCAAAUGCACCAGAGCUGGGCCACACAUGGGAUUUGUGAACAGAUCAGAUGGCAUUGGAAGCUCCCAGAAACAGCAAACCUCCAAGUACUUUGCAAAGGGCUCACGCUAUGCAAUCAGUCCGAGGCUGGUGGAACAGCGCAGCGCUGCAGUCCUGUGGUAAGGUCCCGAAACUCCAGAAGCUGCAUUUUUGCUACUGGUUUCCAUCCCCAAAUGGCAGGCAGUUAAGACGGGGUACCUGCUACUUUCUGACUAGAAAUAUCCUGUCUAUGUACACUGAUGAGGCUGUGUCUAAGUAUAACUUUUUAUUGUAUGAAAAAUAUAUAUAUGACAUAAAUGUUACUAUUUGGGCCAUUUUAAGUGUGCAAUGUGUGGAUACUACGUAAGGAUGUUUGCGGUGUGUGUAACCACCACUGUUAUCUGUGUGGGGGACGUUUCCACCACCCCCGCAGAUGCUCUGUACCUGUGAGUAUUGCAGAUAGGUAAGUUCAUUAGAUCUCUGGUAGGCCGUUAGACAGGGCCAGCCCACGAAGAGCCAACAUGGAGGACAGUGAUGACACACUCACUGAAGGCCAGCAUUGUAAAAGGAGAGAAACUACACACCCUUGUGCUUCCCCUAAGGAUGGAUAGCAGUGAUUGAUCUUCUAAAUAGGUAUCAAUCCCCUAGAUGGGUGGCCAAGAUAUUCCAAGAAAGAUCCCUGAGAAUCCUUGCUCAUUCCUUGUACGCUUUCACGUGACUUGCGUCCCCACUGGAUCCCCAUUUAAUCAAUAUCACCUAAGUGACUGUACUUGGAAACUUAGUAGUUGACUACAGUUUUGUCCCACCUUGAAUCUGCCUCACCUCAUGGCUUAAAACACCUUUGAGAAGCAAGGUGAGUGGGUCACCCACUUUUCUCUCAGUCCAUUUUUUCCUACUGUUAACCUCCGUUGUUCCCAGAAUUCAUUCUUCAGUUUUAGAGAACACGAACUCGUGCUUCGGAUGUCUAACAGGUUUGGGGGUUACAUCUGUUCCCCCUGUAUCACUGUUAUCUGGAAAAUGGCAAAACUGUGAGAAUCCUUACAGUGAAAGUCUGAGCCUGUCUGCUAACAUUCGGGCAUCGGAAUGGCCUCGGGCUGGACGCACUCACUCCAGGUAGACAGGACGCCUAACUGCGGGAGGGUCUGCUGAGCAGGAGGGCGCUGCAGCCCAGGGGAGUGCAACCCCGCAGAGUGCGGAGGCCGAGGGCUCAGGGGCUCAGGAAGGCGCAGGCGCAGGCCGAGGGCUCAGGGGUGGUGGAGCCCUGCUCUCCACAAGUCCUGCGUGUCAGUCGCCACCUGAGCCCGAACACUUCCAGAGCCCUGGCCCAUGACCACCGCGUGGUUUGAAUGUGCUUCCGCACGCCUGUCUGUUGGUCCCGAGCUCCUCAGUGUGGAGUGGGCAGGGCCCUCCAGGGAGGUGACUGGGUCCUGGAGGCCGGGCCUCGAGAGGGACGGAUGUUCCCUUGUGAGACCGAGGUUGCCCCUGCCGGUGCAGUCCAUCUCUCUCCCUCCUGUGCCUGUUUCCUUCCCUUUCUGCCAGGAGGGAAGCAGCUGAGGCCCUCACCAAACCUGGUCUGCCAGUCUUGGCCUUCCCACCCUCCAAGACUGUGAACCAAAAGGAGCUUCUCUCCUUCAUACCAUCCAUCUUGGAUAUUCUGUGUCAGCAGCCGUGAACUUCCCAGAAAGCUGGUUAACCCCAGAUCCACAAUGGCGUCUGGUAGCCAUUUGCUAAGCAGGGCCACACAAGUUCUCUGUGGACCGAGCCCAUGGCCCGGGAACGCUCUUCCUUCAACACCGAGACGAAGCCUGUGGAAGCCUGGUUUGCUCUGCCCUGGCCGGUGACCGAGACCUCCAGGAAGCCAGGACCGCUCCUCCCUGGCAGAGGCGGGCGGGCGUGGGCCCUGGGCCGGUCUCUGUCUGUCCCUUUAGGGCCCGCUGCCCUGGCGUCUCAGAGGCUGUGACUCUGCACUUUGCCUUUCUUUCCUUCCUUUCCAUAUAAAGCCUUGUCUUCUCUAUUGAGCUUCUCUUUGGUGAAUUUUGGUUGACACAAAGAAAAUAAAUGAAGACGCCACUGAAAGGACAUUGGUCUACAGCCGGAACUGUCACCACACUUCGUGGCCUUGGCGUGAAAGUCAGUCUUUGGACAACCAUGGAUAGUACUGCAGAGCACACGGAAGAGCUCAGCUGCUGAGGACUCCCAGGGCGACAAGGACCUGUUUUCACUUGGACCCCAGCUCUCUCCUUGCUGCUCUGCCAGUGGGCACUUGGCAGCCCACCUCUUUCCGGGACCUGCUUCUCCUGAAAGCACAGGGCUUCGGUCCAGGAGAAAUACGUGCACUUAAAGACAUCCUAAACUGCCCAAGGCAUCCUGUUAAUGUGCACCACAACAUUCUUCAAAGGAGGAAAAAAGAAAAGAGAAAGAAAGUCUUUGUAAAGAGAAGAGUUCGCCUUUGUGCACUUGGAUCACAAACGUCACAAAUUAAUCUGCAACCUAGUUAAGCGCCGGAAGCCACACGGGCUGUGGACGGUGCUUUCUGUCUCCACAGCCAACAUUUACAGUGGGUCUAGCGCUGUGCUGGAUCCUUUCUAUGGACAGACUCCCUUGUUCUCAGGCAACCCUAGCAGCUGAAUGUGCUAAGUGGUCAGCAGGCCAUGCAGGGCGCCCGAGGCUUCCCCCACCUGCAGCUCUGCUCCACCGGGCCCUGCCACCGUGAAGACUGCGCUGGAGCCAGUGGGCUGUGGACGGGACCCUCUGAAACUGUGAGCACAAGAACCCUCUCCUUGCAGGGUGGUGUCACUUCUGGUCCCAUGGCACAAACCCUGACCAGUACACGGGUGACUGAAAUGUCCCAGGUGCUGCUUAAAAACUCCAAGUACAUUUCAUGGGGAAACCAUGCAGCACAAGUGUUUUGUUUCGAGGAGAUUGAAGGGCGGGAGGAGAAGUGGACCGAGCGGGCUGACUGUCCAGUGCAGACAGGAGAAAUUGGCCCGGACAGGCCACGGCCAGGGCUCUGCUUCCUGCUCUCUGCUUACCAAGGGCAGGAGGAGACAGGCGCAUGCUGACAGCAGGACUCAGUAGGGCAGCGAGGCUCCCCUUUGAAGGAGGAGAAAGCGGGCCACAGAAGCCCAGUCAGGAAGUGCCUGGCUCUCAUCACUGGCACCUGAGCCACCCGUUGGCUUGCUUCUUCCAAAAGCUCCAGUGUUCAGGGCCCAGCUCCUCACUGGGGCGAGAUGGGAAUGGAGGUGCCUGUGUGGGUCAGAGCUGCUGCUACCCCGGGCUGGUGCUGGGUGGCUUCUUGUGAGCCCAGGCUGUGGCUCCAGGCCCUCCCUUACCAACCUCCCUCCCUCAGACUCUUGGCCGCUCUUUGGGAUCUUUCUCCGGCCCUGCCCCGCGUGUGUCCGAUCACCAUCAGAGUCCUCCUCUACUCCACGCCAGCCCCUGCCCGUCCUCUUUCCCACGUGGGGGAGCAGUGGAGGCUGCGUCAGCCAGAGUCAGGGCCCGGGAGGCCAAUCGCUGGGCAGCAGGGGAGACAGUGGAAAAUGGAAAAUGUCAGGGACGGAGCUGUAAUGUGAAGUGAAAUCUACCCGACACACACACGUGAACAUCACAGUUUCUCUUACACGAGAAACCCACAGUGUGACCAAAGAGCACAAUAAAAGACAGAUGAUCAGAAUCAGGGAGAUGGAACUUUUGCAAAAGGGAAGGCACAUAAAGAAGUUAAUGUAUGUCAUGUGCCUGUGCCAGCACCCCAAGAUGAGUGUAAUUACGAUGCGCUGCAAACAUGUUCCAGUCAAAGGAAAAAUUACAGCAGGGAAGCUCAGACCCACCGGAGACCACAGUGCAGCAUAGUGAGUGCCCAAAGCGUAGCUGAAACCAGUUGGGGACCUUGGGUGGCCAGGGUCCUCUUCCCACAGCACCGCCCAUGGGUGCCCUUGAUUUCUUUGCUCUGCUUCCUGACCUUUCCAUUAGCUCUUGAUUACUUGAAAACUCGCUUCUCAUUUGCCUAACACAGGGCGUUCGCCCUUCUGUUGCCUUCCUGAUGGGGCAGGACAUCCCCACUGGGACCCUGCAGGGCUGUGUGGCAUCUCUCCGAGGUUCCCUCUUUAAAACAUGUCAGGAACGUCUAACCGGAGGCCAGCGUGGACACACAGCGUGGACACCGUGCGGCACAGGCCGCAGCGGCCCCUCUCCGAGCGGUUCCUCCAUCAGCUCCGACUCCCUGCGUCCCCCCACGCCACACCUCCCUUUCUGCUCCCACGCAGGGUGAUCGGCCCUGGCCCACCCCCACUGCCCACCUGGCCGGCCGGGACUCCCCACAGCCCAUGGUGCAGGGCGUGGUGGCGAACAGCAGUCCCCAGAGACGUCCACACCCGGGUCCCGGGACCAGAGUCUGCCAGGGACUCUGCAGAUGCCCUUAGAGUCUGCGACAGGUCGUGCCAGACAGUGCGGGUGGCCCCGGAAUCAGAGGGCCCCACACAGCAGCGACAGAAACCGAGGGUAAACUGACGACAGGAAGGAGGGCAGAGAGCGGGAAGGAGUCUCCCCUGAAGCCUGCAGAGGGGCAGCCUGGUGACGCUUGUGGCCUUCUGAGCUCCUGACUCUAAAAUAAUAAAUGCGUGUCCUUUUAAGCCACUGAAUGACUGGUCAUCCUUCACAGAAUCAGAAGACUAAUACGUGUUUUAUCCAAACAGAAAGGAAAAUUGACUACAAUGGAGGCCAGCCAAUACAAGUUGGAUUUUUUUUUUGGUACCAGGGAUUGAACUCGGGUCCUUACACUUGUGAGGCAGGCGGCACAUCUGGAUUUUAUUUAGUCUUUAUUUUUUGUGCUAAUGAGGACUGGACCUACAGCCUUCUCACUGAGGUACCUUCCCAGACAUUUUACUUUUUCUUUUAAUUUUGAGACAGGGUCUGCUAAGUUGCCCAGGUUGCGCUCAAACUUGGCGUUGUCCUGCCUCAGCCUCCCUGACUGCCUGGAGUACCGGUGCAUGCCGCCACAGCUGGCUCCAAAUAGAAAAGGACAUGGAAGUACAGAAGUUGUGAUCUGCCUUAUAGACGACAGGAAACAUCCAGAUGCAAAAUCUGCCCAGCUUCUCUCUCUGCCCUGGCUCAGCUACUCCCGGGCUCCUGCAGUCUCUACAGGAAGCCAGAGUCCUCACCGUUGGCGCCUGCAGCACCUGGAGUUUUGCCCCACGCCUGCCCCUCCAGGCUCCGAGCAGGACACCCCUCCCACAGCGGACCCACGCCGGGUGUGCAACACAAAUGCACCAUCGCGGCGGUUUCUGUUUCCUUAUGUAAUCAUCUAUUUCCAGCCAACAUUCAUUUUAACAGAGGUGCCACAAGUUAUUUCCAGACUCCAGGAACAAUUUUUAAAAUUGCAGAGACAGGAGUAUUUAUCUGAGCAAACUACGAUAGAAAAAAAGGGCUAGUUUAGGUGUGAAACCCUAAAGUAAUGGGUUCAUUUUUCAGAAAAUGUAAACGUCAUUUAAAGCCAUAAUAGAACAAUUUGAUGUUGGAGUGUGUAGAACAACAGAUCCACAGUCAAAGAUGAAAACUGUGCUCCACUCAGAACACGUCCCACUGUGCUAAGUCCUGAGCCCAGUGACACCCACACAUCAGUCCCGGCCGUCCACGCAGGUCCCAGGCCACAGCGGUGUGUGCAGUGUGCAGUGCUCCCGGCCACCAGAGGUGCGGCCCAAGAGCCCAGUGCAUGCUGGAGACCAGAGACCCAAGCCCUGCACAUGGAAUUUUAUAUACACCUGCCACGAAGGAUGACCACUGAUACAGUGCAGCAAUACACUGUAAUGAAGACCUGCACUGGAUGUUCACUGAUACAGUGAUGUCCGCUGACACAGUGUAACAAUACACUGUGAUGAAGACCAUGUCUGCUGAUACAGUGUAACAAUACACCGGUCCUUCCCUCCUGGGAGAGGGGUGCCUCAGCUCCUCCUCAGUGCCUCUGAACUGCCAGCAUGGCUGCGCUCACACUUGGGCACUGUUACUGAGCGGAAUAAGACGAUGUGAAGACAGUGGCCACAGUCGACCUGGUGGAGGGCAGUGCAGCAGCGAGGAUGUGCUGGGCAGGGGCUUCCAUCACCCUGUUCAGGAGGCGAUCAGUGAGGCUCCAGGUGUGUGAGCGGCUUCCUGCUGGAAUCUCUCAUCUGCUGUUGCAGGACUGCAAUGGACCCCUGGAGCCUCCGGAGCGAGGCUGCAGGCGAAGGGAGGCCUGUACCGAAGCCCUCAGGGCCCAGCCAGCCACUGCCAGAGCCAGCAGCCGCACACAGGCCGGGACUCCGCGGAGCGGGAGGAGUCUUGGAGGGAGGAACUCGAUGCAGUCCACACAGCCUUCCACGCCACUAGCUGAAGCUGCUGUGCUGAGUUCGAGCCACAUCUGCAGCUGCAGGCAUUGCUUAUGUAACAGGCUCGUUUCUUCUGAUUUCUCACCAGUCACUCACCUCAGGCACAUUCAUGAGCCUUAACUAUGACUUGAAUAUGUGCGACUCUACUGUAAAUGUAAUUAAGGGUUGGGUUGUAGCCCAGUGGAGCGCACAGUUCUACUGUGGAAAGAAAAAGGUGGAUUCCUGGGCAGACUGGUGGCACAUGCCUGUAUCCCCAGCUACUCAGGAGGCUGAGGCAGGAGGAUUGCAAGUUUGAGGUCAGCCUGGGCAACUUAGUAAGAUUUCAAAAUUUAAAAGCAAAAGGACUGAGGUUGUAGCACAGAGUUCCCUGAGUGCAGUCCAGGACGCUGCAGAAAAGUCAGUAAGAUAAAACAUAUCCUGGGAAGAAUUCCCAGUUUACCGUACUAACUCCUUUCAACAGAAUUGUUUAGCACAGGAGUCUUAAACGGUUUUUCAGCUUUCACUUUGAAUUCUUUGUAAGAAAUGUUAUUUUGAAGACACUGGGAAAAAUCUCCUAGUAAAAGCGAACUAUUAAUUACAUAUAAGACUUGUGAGCCCUGUGAUGUGGAGCUCAUGUGGUUCUUUCUCCUGUCUCCUGGCUUUCUCAAUGAAGUGAAUUCCCCUGAUUUGCUGUCUGAACAGGGAAUGGUUUAUGAUUUUGCAGUCAGGCUGUUUUUGAGUAUAGAAUGAAGAUAUUACAGUCUGCGUCUGCCUUCGAAAAAUUAGGUUACAGAAAUAAGAACACUGGGGGAAAUGUUUUCGUGGCCCAAUUGGGGUUGUGUGGAUUGACGACUUUGCCGAGGCUGUGUCCAGGAACCUUGCAGCAUACAGAGCUAGAGACCUCCUGGGCUCUCCUGUCUGCUGUCUCCCCGACACAGCGUCACAGGUCUGUGACCCGGGCUGUGAGUGCCGGUGUGCACAGGGCUGGUGCCAGGGAGGACUUCCGGCUCCUCACGGGCAGGGACGCAGAGGCUCAUGCUGCUCGAGACAGGGGCCCCACACGCUCCUCCUUCCUCAGAAGUUCUUCCGAUUCUUUGUUUCUGUUCUUUCGUGGGAGUUUUAAAAGAUACUGUCAGAAAUCUCUUGAGAUUUUUAUUGGAACUCUAUUGGACAUUAGGUUAAUUGAAAAGAAUUUCUAACUUUAUAAUAUCAGGUCUUUCAGUCUUGAAUACAAACUUCUCCAUUUA